UUCAUAUCUUAAACUAAGACGAUUGCGCGUUAAUAUCUAUAGAACAUUAUAUUUAUCAGCUGAGAAAUCUACCAGGUCACUGGGAGUUCUAAGAUUCAGUUUGUUUCCUCACGUCGUUUUAAAAAUGUUUUGCACAAGGAUGAUUUCCAUCUUCGUGUUCACAAGUAUUGUUGGUGGCGUAUUUGGGAGGACUAUGUUGUAUAAAAGUAAUUUAUUUAACUAUAGGUGUUGGUGAAGUUUGCAAAAGUGGACCUGACCCUUGGAUAUGCAAAACUCGGGAAAACUGUUCCACUCUAAAAAAAACCAUAGAAAAAGGUGUUCGGCCUGAUAUAUGUUCAUUUCUUGGCAAUCAGGCUGUUUUUUGUUGUCCACAUGAAAAUGAAUUUUUCAGCAGUGGUUCAACCUCGGGGUCUCAGCCUUCUGCUUCAACAAAAAAACCUUCAGCCCAGUCGAUUGAUGAGGAAAACAAUGUGUGGAGUUUAUUCCAAAUAUGUUUAUCAAAAUGUGACAAUUGCUCCAAUGCUACCUGGACAGAAACCAAGGAUCAUUAGUCUUCAAGAAUGUAGCAUUGAAACUCUAAUAGUUGGUGGAGUUGAUGCCAAGACUAAAGAAUUUCCUCACAUGGCACUAAUUGGUUUUGAAGAAAAUAAACGAAAGAAGAUUGAAUGGGUAUGUGGAGGAAGUUUAAUCAGCCCUAAAUUUAUAUUAUCUGCUGCUCACUGCAUUUUAUCAAACAGUUUCCAAUACUGGGUUAGACUUGGAGAUCUUGACACAUCGUCUGAAACAGAGGACAGUGAGCCUGAAAACAUCAAAGUAAUUAGAAAAAUAGGUCACCCUCAAUACAAUAGCAAUCUUCUGUAUCAUGACAUAGCACUGUUUGAAUUGGAAUCAGAGGCCAAACUUAGCACAUAUGUUCGUCCACUCUGUCUUCACACUAGCAAGGAAAUAGGAAGUGAAAAACUUGUGGCAUCUGGCUGGGGACAUACUAGAUGGCAGGGAAGGCGAAGUUCAAAACUUCAGAAAGUAGUUUUGCCACCUGUAUCCCAUCAAGUAUGCAGGGAAAAAUAUGGUAGAAAACAUCAAGACCUGAUUCCACAGGGUAUUUUAGAAGACUCAAUGUUGUGUACCGGAUCAGCUGAAGGAAAAGACACAUGUCAGGGUGAUUCUGGAGGACCUUUGCAAAUAAAACGUAAGAACAUAUUCUGCAUGUAUUCUAUAGUGGGAAUAGUGUCUUAUGGUAAAGGUUGUGCUUUGGGAUAUCCUAGUAUUUAUACAAGGGUGUCAAAUUAUGUACCAUGGAUUGAAAACAUUGUUUGGCCAUAGAAUUUUGAGCCAGUUGAAACCACAAUCAUCAAUAUAUCUACAUAAUCCAGUGC